GGACUACGAAGGACCACAAGCUUUUGUUCUAUUAGACAAACGAUGGAUGAUGUGAAUAUCAACAAUAUCUAUCUCGGUAUAGAAGAGGUAGAGUUGGAUGGGGAAGAGUGGGUCAAAUUAACCUGGAAUCAUGAAAAUUCUCAUGAUAGUGAAAGUUUCCAAUUACCAAAGAUACAGAGGGAUUCAGGUAAUGAGAUAAUACAGACAGAGGAUUAUGAUAGUAAAGAAUUAUUAAGCACAGACUCAGAAGAUAUAUCUGAUGGUAUAUCAGUCAUAACGGAAAGUGAUACAGAUGUUAAUGCAAAUUUCUUUCGAAUCUGUGAAUUUCAUCAUGAGCCACGCAAGUCUCUACAAAGACCAGAAUUAGACGCAUUAUCUAUGAAUCCCACGAACAUUUUUAUUACUUGUGUACUUGGUAUAAUUGUUGGCUUGAUUUUUAUUUAUGAUCCUAGUUUCACAAUUCCUAAAAUCAAUUCAGUCUCAAGUGGAGUCGAUACUGAAAGUCUCAAGACUGCAAGUCAUAACAUUGUUAAUACUUGCAAGGAACUGACAGAUGUGAAAAUUAUGCUGAACGAAAUUAAAGCACAUAUUGCAACUAAUAAGAAAAUUACGAAGCAAUUUUUAGCACAAUUUUUUGAAAUUACGGAUUCUUCUAAUAGUACGUAUAGUAAGCCUAUUAUAGAUACCAAAGAAUCUUUCAAUUCCACUCAACAUCCAUUGGAACAACUUCAAAUGUCUCUACAUGUGCUAUCGUCGUUGGCGUUUAUUUACAAUAACAAUAGCACUUUGAAAAAUAAAAUGAAUAAGACAUUGGACAUUGUAAGCGAUACAAAAACAUUUUAUGAUACAUUAACGUUAUUUACUAACAGCACAGAAAAUGUAUUAGAUCCUAUAGUCUUGAAUUUCUUGCAACCCAACAGUGACAAUAUGCACAUUACUUCUAAGUCACUUCUCUCUAACUUGGUUGAAAAAGUGAACAAGGUGACAUCAAAAGUGUAUAACAAAUAUGCAAAAGAGAGGUACAAACUGCAUAAAAAAUUGUGUCACUUGAAAAGUAUACUACCUGAUGAUAAAAUUUUAAAACGAUUGACUGAGAAUAAUCAGCUAUUUAAAAAUUAUGACAAGUCUUGUUUCUUAAACUAUACAUCAAAAAAUUUGGAUAACAAAUUGAAUACAAAAGGAAAUACAAAGACAAAGAGUGUAAAGGAACAGAAAAAUGAGAAAGAGAUAAAUAUUAAUAAUAAAAUGGAGCACACAAUGCACGAAAAAAAGAAUACUCAUAAAAUGUAUGAUAAUAAGAGAGAGGAACCUUUGAAAAACAAAAAGAAUACGAGGCAAGAUACAGACAAAUCUACUACUAUGAAGUUUUUGCGAAAUACGGGUCAUAAGAUACAUAAUGCUUCUCAAUUACUUCUCUCUGAGGUAGUAGAAAAUAUAAGUCAAUUAAGACAUCAAUUGAGCAAGAAGCUAUACUACUUGAAAAAUAUAUUACCGGAUAAUAGUGAAUUGUUAAAGCAACUGAUUGAGGAUGACAAAGAGGACAAUAAAAGGUUGGAUAAACGUUACAAAGAGAAGAACGAUUAUUUGAAAUCAAAAGUAAUAUCAAAAGACGACAUACCAAACAAUGGUUUUGAUAAUAUUUUAAUACCACAGAAAAAUACAUGUCCACUUUCAACCAACUAUUGUCCAAAAUUCAAUAUUAACGACAGCACAUUUGACACCGUACCAAAUCACAAGACAAAAAAUGAGAAACAUAAAGAAUAUAUAAAAAACAAGGAAAUUAUAAUAAAUCAUGAAAAUUCUACAAAAAUUUUGCCUGUAGAAGAAAAAAGCGGGCCAAGCAAAAAAGAUUAUUUUAAAUCUGAUGGUUCAACUAAAAAGAUAAUUAAUAAUAAAUCAAAUUAUAAAGAAAAGUAUACAUCCUCUCAGAACAAAGUAAAGAAUCAUAUAUCAGAGCAUAGCGACAAAUCUGAACACUCUUUGUUUGAUAGUUGUACAGUGAAACAAGACAAUCAGAAAUAUACAAAUAUAGAUCGAAAGAGUGACAGCAAAAGUUUUCAUGAGUAUAAGAAGCGAUGGCAACGUGACGAUUCGGAUUGGUAUUUUCAACGAGUUCGUUCUCGUAGAAAUGCACGAAGACAUGCAGAUUUUAUGUAUCGGCAAAAUACCAAGUGGUUUUGGAAAAAUCGUUGGUGAUUACCAUUGAUACCAUUAACGAAUCUCUUUAGUAGAUCAAGUCCCGAUCAACAAUAGAUAUAGCCUUUCUCUCUAAGUUUUAAUUUGUAACCUUUUUUUUUUUGCUUAAAAAGUAUUUCUAGCGCUGUCUUAAAUUGUAAUCCAUAAGCUUCGAAUUGGCAAGAUUUCAACAGUAAAGUUCAGAGCUUAGAGAAAAUUAAUGUCUCAGCUUAAAGGUUUGAAAAAGAGGCUAAAGGCUUUCUACUUGUAGAUCAGAAUUAAAGGGCAGCAUGUAAAUAAGAUCUCCGAAUUCUAUUUUGUGAAAAACGCGGAAUCAUCGAAAAGUGCGUCGAAAAGUUACAUGUUAUGACAACGAUGCUUUGAUUGUACCAAGUAGCUGUCGACGAAAGAACGGCAUUCACGAAGAGACCUCUAUUUAAUAAUGUUAAGCCGAGUCACGCCUGUGACAAUCAGCCACCCCUGUGUGCACUAACUUUUUACUAUUUUGCAUGGAAAAGUACAAGAUAUGUAAGAUAGAUAAAUAAAAGAGAAAAUGUACCUUUAUAAUAAAUAUAUAAAACCGUAGAUAUUAUUUAUAGUUAUGUAUAAAUGUAUAUGUAUAAAUAUAUAUGUAUAUAUUUAUCUUCUAACAAUUUUUAUGAAAUUGACACAUUAAUACACACACACACACACACAUAAUAAUAAUAAUAAUAAUAAUAAAUUAAUUACCUAUGUAUGUAUGCACCUGGAAUGAAACAUUUAGCGAUAGAUGUGUUACAAAAGUAUUAUGUAUAUAGAGAUGAAAGUUGAUAUACAAUAAAAAUUAAAUGAAAAAAUAUAAGAUGUAAAAAGACC